AGAGGGGAAACAAAAAAACCCUUAUGAUUUUUGCAGGUUUAAAGUGUGAACAUUUAGAUGGAAACAUUUGGACCCUCGCAUAGCUCCAGCCAGUAAAACACACAUACACACACACACAAAAAAAAAAUCCAGCUGUUUGUGUUUCAGAUGUUCUGUUAUUUCUGCACAUGUUAUUGUUAAGCGGUUGAAAAGUAACAAGGGCACUUUUAAUUCUGAGCAGAGUUCAGAUGAUUAUCAAGAAGACCUUUGGUACAGUGUGACGGCUCAAGUGCACGUUGACACACACACACACAUCUGGUCUGAACUCGUAACUGCUGUCCAGGUUAAAAGCUGAUUAAACCUGCUUUCAACACAACGCUUUUGGUACAAUGUGGAGUACUUCCGGUGUUUAGGUGUCAUUCAGGCUUUAGGGUGAAGAAGAGGCACUUAAUGGAUUGAAAAAACAAACAAACAAACAAAACAUCUGGAAGAAGUUAGCAUCAGUAACAAUGUUUAUCUACAGAGUGCUGAGCUUGGGUUUAAUGCUGAGCCUUGUGGAUUUGAUCUCACAACCUGUUGCAGCUCAGUCUUGUGAAGGUCACUGUGGUGAAAAAUUGGCUUCCUGUUCCUGCGAGCCGACAUGCGAGACCUUACUGAACUGCUGUACAGAUGUGAAACAGUUCUGCCUGGACAUCUCUCCUCACUCUGGCUCUCUACUCGGAGGAACCGACUUCAAACUGCUCAACGUCAAGUUUGACAAGAACCUUAACCUCACCUGCAGGUUUAAGUCUGAGAUCAUGACUCGGGGCUACGUGGACACGGACGGUGUGGGUCACUGUAUCUCGCCCCUACUUUUUGAGUCCGGCUGGAUCCCGUUUAAGGUUUCCACUGAUGGAAUAAACUAUAACCGAGCUGGACGAUGGCUCUCAGUGCACCACAGUAAGCUGAGUGUGAAGUAUAAGCUCAUCCUGGUGAAUGGGACUCAGUGGCAGUAUUAUGGUACGCCGGGCGUCGAUGGGAUUCUGUUCAUGGUGUGGAAUUCAUCUCUAAUUAAAGCUGAGAGAGUGAAUGUCGAGCUGUGGGGCUAUGAAGAGUUUGGAGAGCCGUAUUCUGAUGAGUGGAGGGCCGAGUGGAAGUAUCUUUACUCUGUCGGAAAGAAUGUGGCCAAUAAGGGGGAAUUCAGCUUCGUCCCAACACCCAGAGAAAUGCCACUGGCGCAGUGGCACAUGGGCAGCAUGAGGGUCAGUCCGAGCACCGAACCUGACGGCACAUGCAAUGUGAAUGCACUAUGGAGUAGUGCUCAUGCUCUGGCUUAUCAUCUGGAGAAGACCUUCAGGAAAGAUUCUGCAGCUUGGGCUUUGGAGAAGUGUCGGAAGUGGGAUGAAGAGGAAAAGCUGAUGCCCAGUUUCCUGACUGAGAUCACCGAUUGCCCCUGCACGCUGGCACAAGCCCGAGCCGACACCGGCAGAUUCCAUACGGAUUACGGCUGUGACAUUGAGAAAGGCAGUAAGUGCACUUAUCAUCCAGGAGCCGUGCACUGCGUUCGAGCCAUUCAGGGCAGUCCAAAGUAUGCAGCAGGUCAGCAGUGUUGUUAUGACAAAACCGGAGCUCAGGUUCUCACCACUGACUCGAUUGGGGGAAGUACACCGGACCGAGGGCAUGACUGGGGGUCACCGCCGUACAAAAAGCCCCCCAAAGUGCCAGGGUUCUCCCACUGGAAAUACGACGUGAUCACGUUUUACUACUGCUGCCUGUGGUCAGAUAACUGCGACUAUUAUUUUACACACCGUCCAUCCAGCGACUGCAGGACGUACCAGCCUCCGAAAGCAGCCUCUGUACUUGGUGAUCCUCACUUCAUCACGUUCGAUGGUUCCAUGUACACCUUCAACGGUAAAGGAGAAUACGUCCUGCUUCACUCCCCACAGUACCAGCUGACCGUGCAGGGCAGAACCGAGCCAAUGAAAUCGGAGAAUGGCUCUGUCGUCAAGGCGACGCGUCUCUCCUCAGUGGCCAUGAGGGAGAAUAGCUCCGAUGUCAUCGAGGUGCGUCUCACGGAUAAAGCAGAUCACCUGCAGGUCUUACAGAACCAACAGGUGCUUAGUUUCUCUGAACAGACCUGGAUGGAUCUUGAAGGUGUGUUUGUGUUCUCGGCAGUACCCCAGAACGUCACAGUGAUGUUCCCCUCAGGCGCAGGGAUCGAGGUUAGAGGUCGAGGAGGGGUCAUGACCCUGACUGUUUUACUGCCGCAGGAGUUUAAGAAGAAGACGCAGGGCCUGCUGGGGAAAAUGAACGAUCAUCCUGAAGAUGAUUUGACCUCCAGUAAUGGGACAGUUGUAGGAGGAAACAGCAGCUCUCAAGACAUUUUCACAUUCGGAGCAGGAUGGGCCAUUACAAACGAGUCGUCUCUCUUCACCUACGACUCGGAGCUCCUCCUAAACGAGUACUACUUCUCCCCAAAGCAUGAUCCCUCGUUCAUCCCGCAGUUCUCCGUGAGCGAAGACACGUCUGAUCCGCUCUUGAAGCCCACGCUGAAGAUGUGUGUAGGAGACGGUGCUCAGUUCUGUAAAUAUGACACGCUGAGUACACGCAGCCUGGAGCUGGGCAACAAUACGCUGCACGCCGUCCGCGCUCACACAGCCACGGCAGAGGACCUACAGCCUGUGGUAUCCUGUGGCUGGUUACGGCCGCCCAAACAGGGGCAGAAAGAAGGAACACUGUAUUUGGAGGGCGCCAAUGUCUCAUUCUCCUGCAACCGUGGUUAUCGUCUCUACGGCUCACGGGAGCGUGUGUGUCAGAAAGACGGACUGUGGUCUGGAGAGGAUACACACUGUGUUUCAGAUAACAUUUUGGGAAUCGUGUUUGGAACCAUCGGUUCUGUCCUCACCCUGGUCGUCAUGGUGAUCGCAAUCAUCCUGUACACCCGGAAACAGAAGAGAGAGAGACUGACGGAGAGAGAAAACAAGGUGGUUUACCACCACCAGGUUGCCAGUCUGUGAAACUCCUCAUCUGCUGCACUAACACUCCGUUAUACUGUGAGAUUUUAAUGUGUCUUUUAAGUGCCACAGUGCACUAAAAGUGUUCCCGAUUAUUUUGCAGAUCGCAGUCAGUCUUGAAACCCAGCAGCCGUUUGUUUUAAUUGCACUGGAUUUAAUUAAAUCUGUUGUGAUUUAGUUUUUCCCCUGGUACUAAUUUCAUAUCAGUUCCAUCUCCAACCAGAACAAAGCUCGCUCCAGAUCCAACCUCUAGGCUUUAUUUAUAGUCUAAUAUUGUGUAUGAAGGAUAUAAAUACAUGAGUUGUAUGAAGGAAUAAUCAGGGAUGGGCAGGGUACUUUCAGGAAGUACUGAUCACACUACUGUAUGUAGUCUGACAAAUAUAUAAACAGUUGCUGACUUGAGUUCAAAAGUGACGUCAGUAUUUAUGUCGGGGAAAGUUCCUCGUAUUCAGAAUCGGGUUCUGCGCGUGCCGUGCUUAAAGUGCAUAUUCUGGACCAAUUUUGUGGGUUUUUUAUAUGAAAGUAUGUCCCUUUACACACUCAUCCAGAAAGGUAAUUUUGCACAAGGCCAUCUGUCUACAGCAGAAAAAAAUAAAAUUACAAAACGCGUCUGGAAAAAUCCCAAGGGAGUCUGGAGCCAGAUUUGUGACGUUAUCUGCGGAAGCGCCAGCAGACUGCGAGAGCUUUGCAUGGAUUCAGUGCACAGCCUGUGUAAACCAAGCGCUCCCACUUCUCUCUCAUUGUCCGGUCUUUUGGAAAACAAUGAGUAUUAAUCCCAUCAUGAUUGGUGUUGCUACACCCUCCUACGAUACAUCUGUUAACCAUUUUAAUAAUUACGCGAUAACGUUGAAGAAAUUUGCAGAAAACCACCAGGUCGUUUUCUCAUAAACAAACCAGCGCUGACAUAGGAUUCAGAGGGAGGCGUCCCACACGUGACAUCACGAAAAUCAACGUUUGCCGGGAAAUCCAAACGCCGAGUUUUUUCAGAGGCGGACCAAUUCGCCUCAAAUGGCUUGAUUUCAACUGAAUUUUUCUGGUAUUACACAAGGUAAAAAAAAUAGCAGAGAAUGCAAAAUGUGACAGAUAUUUGACCAAAGUUUAAUCUAAAAUAGGAGAAUUACAUUGAUCUUGCUCCUGAAUUUACCCGUGAUAUGCACUUUUAAGUGUGGCUGCGGAUUUUCAUUUUAAUCAAGUGUGAGCCAAACUGUGAUGUUUUAAUCAGAUAUCGGGGGUGACCUGGUUGGAAUUGGAUUGGAUUUAACUAAAGUCGGAAAGAAAAUAUUUUUAAGAAAAAAAUGGAAAUAAAUGACUCAGGUUCAGUUUAUAGUUUUGGUCUCUGUUGCAAAUCUGUCAGAAACGUUGUACAUCAGAGAUGAUUUUCUCAGCCAACAGAUGAGCUGAUUAAAGUUUUAUUAAUGAUUUUGUUUCAGUUCAUCACUGGAAAUUAAAUUGUAAAUGAGUAUUUACAAUAAAUGAUGAGGUUGGGAGUCUGUGUGUGUUCCAGUGUUUUUUACAAUAAUCAUAACGAGUCUGUCAAUGAUGGCGUACCUCACUCUGGCUCCGUCUAGUCCAGAAGGAACGAUCUGAAGUGGGCCACCUUGUGCAAUAAAUGUUGCAAGCUAUAUACACUAUAUAGAAGUGAUAUCCACCCUAGGAAUACCGACCUAUUUGCCAGAAAGAAUCCAAAACGGCGAGGAAUUGACCAAGAAGAAGCGAUUUUUGUUGAAAUGCUCAUUAAGGCUUAAUUAGUCCAUUACUUCAUUAAUAAUUGGAAUGAAGCAAAUCUGGGUAGAAGUUAUACCGUAUGCACCCUAGGUCCCCCUACCUUCAUGCCAGAAAGAAUCAAAAUCGGUGAAGAAUUGAGGGAGAAGAAGCGAUUUGUGUGGAAACUGCUCAUUAGGGAUUGAUUGAUUACUCAAUAUCUUUAUUAUUAAUUGCAAUUAUGCAAAUUUGUGUAGAAGCUAUAUGCACCCCAGGCAGACCUACCUUCCUGCCAAAAAGAAUAAAAAUCGGUGAAGAAUUGAGAGAGAAGGAGCGAUAUUUCUUGGUGAAAUGUCGACGACGCUGGACAGAUGCCGGAUGAUGCAUGAUGGCAUAAACUCAUCAUCUGUCAGCUGGAUGGGAUGAUGAUGAUGAUGAUGAUGAUGAUCAUAAUAAUCAUCAUAAUGAUGUAUAUGACACUAUGGUAUUGCCGUUUUUGGGAAGUUUUUAGUAUUGGAGUGUAACAUAGUAGUUUGGGACGCA